GGUGUCCCCUCCCCCGCCCCGCGGGGGCUGGUAAUAGAGAUCCCGUCGGUUCCAAUCGGAGGCUCCCAGUGCUGGGAGCAGCCAAUCGGGGACUUCGGUGGGCGGGGCGGCCGGGCCAGUUAGAUUUGGCGGUUCGACUUCAACAUGGCUGAAGCGAGCGGCAGUGAUUCAAGUAACCGCUGUGAGGAAAAUGGGCGUGAGGGUUCGUCCCCGAAAUCUUUGCUACCUGGCACUACCAUUUCGAGGGUGAAGCUCCUCGACACCAUGGUGGACACUUUCCUCCAGAAGCUGAUCGCCGCCGGGAGCUACCAGAGGUUCACUGACUGUUACAAGCGCUUCUACCAGUUACAGCCUGAGAUGACCCAGCGGAUCUAUGACAAGUUUAUAACUCAGUUGCAGACGUCUAUCUGGGAGGAAAUCUCGGAAAUCAAACAGGAGGGGAACCUGGAAGCCAUCCUGAACUCCCUAGACAAAAUCGUGGAGGAAGGCAGAGACCGCAAGGAGCCAGCAUGGCGCCCUAGUGGGAUCCCGGAGGCAGACCUGCGCAGCACCAUGGCGCCCUACUUACUGCAGCAGCGGGACGCCCUGCAGCGCCGCGUGCAGAAACAGGAGGCCGAGAACCGGCAGCUGGCGGACGCCGUCCUGGCCGGGCGCCGGCAGGUGGAGGAGCUGCAGCUGCAGAUCCAGGCCUGGCAGCAGGCCUGGCAGGCACUGCACGGGGAGCAGAGGGAGCUGGCGGCUGUGCUGAGGGAGCCGGAGUGAGCAGACGCCGGCCGAGAGCCUGGGGCCCUGGGUGAGCUGCUCUGGGAACAGCUGCAAUGGCGCCCAGCCCCUAAGCAGUGAUGGAAUCUGCUGGAAGAUGAGGCCAGAGAGGCCCCUGUACUGGGCUUUAGACACCCUUUGGGGUCACACGCACACUACCUUCAGAUUCCCCGUUUUCUUCUAACUCAAGGAUUCUUGGCCAUCUCCCACCCUGGGAAUCAGGCACCACGUGUUCUCUUCUCUGGGGUCGGCCGGCGACACAGGGCCCCUUCGCCCGCCCCGCCCGCAGUUCCUGAGCCUGCCGGGGACCUGGCUGGGGAAUCUGUUUCCAAUCUCCACUGAUGGCCCCCUUGCCGGCCAGCCGGGAGCCUCCCAUGUUCUCCCCACAUCCGUAAAUAAACCUCGUCUGCACUGUAA